AUGCCGAAGCGUUUUGCUUUCGUGAACUACGGCAAUUCAAGGGAAGGCUCUGCUAUUGCUGAUGCACUCAAGGAAGAAGGUUAUUUUGUGUAUGCAACAUAUCAGCCAGAUCCUAAAAAACUUGAUCAUCUGAAACCUGCUCCGUUAUCAGUUGAUCAGUUUAUCGAUUCAGAUAAAGAAACAAUAUUAGCAACAAUUAAACAAUGCCAUGCAGUAAUUUAUACAAUAUUAGACACUCCAAAACUUGCAAACGAAAUAUUUACAGAACUUGCACAAGAUAUUGGCGUUAAAAAGACAAUUGUGAUCAUAUCUCCAAUAUUUACAUGGGGUGGUGAACCUCGUGCACAAGAUUGGAAGAAGAGAUGGCCACAUCCAAAAUAUGCAGAUUUUCUUUCAGCAGAACGUUAUUUAACAACACUUCCACUGAAAUUAUACGUCAUGUGUACAGGUCUUCUCUAUGGUGAUGGCGAAGGAGCUCUUUUGCCUCUCUUCCAAUCAGCAUGGAGCCUAAAUCCAGUUCCUAUCUUAGAAGAGAACCAUAAUGUCAUCCCAACACUUCAUGUUAAAGACAUGGCGCACAGUGCAGUCGCAGUUCUUUCAUCAAAACCAGAGAAUCCAGUUUUUAUUGCACAUGAUGGCUCCCAUACAACACAGCACGACUUAAUCAAAGCUAUUAACACUACAUUCGGUGCAGGCCGCACAACAAAAACUACAGAUGACCAGUUUAUCUCGAAAUACGGUCGAGAAGUUAUCGAUUGGGUUAAAUUCGAUAUCGAACUCGAAGCAGAAGAAUACGCCGGCCUUGAUUUCGAGCGUCACUGCUCAAAUCCGGUAGAAGAAAUGCAAACACUCGUUGAUGAAUUUGUUACACACAGGUUAUUGAAGCCAUUACGUAUAUUUGCUAUUGAUUUAGAUACAGCAUUGAUCGACGAGAUCGUCAAAUACUACGGCGUUGUCAAUGCAACAGACGAAAAGCUUAAAGAACUUUUUAAUAAUGAUAAAAGCGAAGAAGCCGUUGCAUUACGCGAAAGUGGUAACGAAGAAGAGGAAGCACCAACACUCGAGAUCCACAAGCACGUAUUCGCAAAUGCACCGUCUCUCCGAAAUCUUGGAUAUAUUAUUACGAAAGUUCCAGAUAAUGAAGAAUCACGUGAAUCAUUGUUCAUGGAAGAGGACGAAGUAUCUGCUUUCAUUCCGAAAUACAUCUUGACAUCACACGAAUUCGGCCCUCUUGAACGCUGGUUCAUUUCUCGAGGAAGUCACUGCUGCAAAGUCUCCAACAUGGAGGAAGUCAAGAAAUUCCUUGGUUUGCCGAGGAACUUCACUCGCGAAAUCCGAAUCCUUGAAGCGAGACGAGAAUUGGAAGCGAUCCAAAGUGCAGAAGCAGAUGCACAAAGGAAAGAAGCGAAGAGACAAGCGGAAAAGGAGGAAGAACAUCGUCAGGAACUACAACGAAGAGAUGAAGAACUUCUUGCUGAAUGUGAGAAAGAACUUAAAUCUAUGCAAGAAAUUCGAUCUAUGGAUGCUAAAUCAUAUUUGAUGCAGAAGUUAGUUCCAAUCUUCAUUCCACCACUUGCACAGAUCUCAGAAGCUCGUCCAGAUGAUCCUCUUCGUUUCUUGGCCAGCCAUUUCGAGGCAGAGGCAAAUAAACUCAAAGAAUAA